CGGCUGGAGACUGCAGGGGCGGGCAGGGCCGGGGGCCUGCGAUCCGCGGCGGGUCGGCCAGUCAGCCAGCCAGCGAGCAAGCCGCGCGCGUGGGCCGGGGCGGCGGCGUCCCCGGCCGCAGCACCGAGGGGCGAGCAUGGCCCGCCCGCGGGGGGGCCGGGCCGCCGUGCACGCCGCCCGCGCCCCGCGCCCUGCCCAGCCCGGGUCACCCGCGCUCGAGCUCGCCGCUUAGCACUCCCGCGCCUCUCGCUUUUCCGGGCAGCGCGGAAAUAUCGCCGCAGACGGACACAAUGGCGGCGACUGCCGCCACCGCCGGCACGGCCGCCUGCAGCAGCAGGAGCAGCAACAGCAGCAGCAGCAGCAGCGCCGGCACCGACGCCGCGGGCACCAGCGGAUUGCAGCAGCCGCCGCCGCAGCCCCAGCCCGCGGCCGCCGCGCCGGCCCAGCCGCCGCCGCCCGAGCCCCCCAGGAAGCCGCGUAUGGACCCGCGGCGCCGCCAAGCUGCCCUCUCCUUCCUCACCAACAUCUCGCUGGACGGCCGGCCGCCGUUGCAGGACGAGGGGUGGGGCGGCAGCGAGGAGAGCGGCGCGGCCAAGCCGGGCGCCGGCAGCGCCUUUGGCGCGAGGACUCGGCUCAGCCUGAUCGCCGCCGCCGAGCGGGGCGGCUGUAACGCGCUGGCAGCGGCGGGCACGGCGGCGGCGGUGGCAGCCGGAUGGGGCCCCUGCCUCCCGCAGCCCUCGCCGCUGUCACCCCUGGUCCCCGGCGGCCACGCUGCGGGGCCCGGACCCGGGGCGACCCGGGGCUUCGUGAGCCCCUUGGGCGCGGGCCGGGCGUCGGGGGAGCAGUUACAGCCGCCCCGGCCGGCGCCUCUCGCCUACUGCGCUCCGCCGCAGCCGCCCGACGGGCCCCGGGACGCCGGGCAGGAGCAGUUGGAGGAGGACGAUGCCUUUUUCAGCGUGCAGGUGCCGGCGGCCGCCUUUUUAGGCUCCGGGACCCUCGGGAGUGGGAGCGGCAGUCGGGGUCGCCUCAACUCGUUCACUCAGGGAAUCCUGCCCAUCGCCUUCUCCAGGCAGACUUCGCAGAACUACUGCUCCCUGGAACAGCCGGGCCAGGGGGCCAGCACCAGCGCCUUGGAACAGUUGCAGAGGUCCCGACGUCGCCUCAUCUCCCAGAGAUCAUCCUUGGAGACCCUGGAAGAUAUUGAGGAGAAUGCCCCUCUGCGGAGAUGUCGAACUCUCUCAGGUUCGCCCAGACCAAAGAACUUUAAGAAGAUUCAUUUUAUCAAGAACAUGCGGCAGCACGAUACCAGGAAUGGCAGAAUAGUCCUUAUCAGUGGCAGAAGAUCCUUCUGUAGUAUAUUUUCAGUGCUGCCCUAUCGUGACAGUGCCCAAGUUGGGGAUUUGAAGUUGGAUGGAGGGAAGCAGUCCACAGGUGCGGUGAGCUUGAAAGAGAUCAUUGGACUUGAAGGUGUGGAGCUGGGAGCUGACGGGAAGACUGUUUCCUACACGCAGUUUCUGUUACCCACAAAUGCCUUUGGAGUCCGGAGAAAUACCAUAGACUCCGCCUCCUCCUUCUCCCAAUUCCGUAACCUGAGCCACCGCAGUCUCUCCAUAGGACGCGCAAGCAGCACCCAGGGGAGCCUGGACACAGGUAGCGACCUGGGAGACUUCAUGGACUAUGACCCAAAUCUCUUGGAUGACCCCCAGUGGCCUUGUGGCAAGCACAAGCGAGUUCUGAUCUUUCCUUCGUACAUGACCACAGUAAUCGACUAUGUGAAGCCCUCAGAUCUCAAGAAGGACAUGAAUGAGACCUUCAAGGAGAAGUUUCCUCACAUUAAGUUGACACUCAGCAAAAUAAGGAGUCUGAAGCGAGAGAUGCGGAAGCUUGCCCAGGAUGACUGUGGCUUCGAGGAGCCCACAGUGGCCAUGGCCUUUGUCUAUUUUGAGAAGCUCGCCCUCAAGGGAAAGCUGAACAAACAGAACCGGAAGCUUUGUGCUGGAGCGUGUGUACUGUUAGCAGCCAAAAUCGGAAGUGACCUCAAAAAACACGAAGUCAAGCAUUUAAUUGACAAACUGGAAGAGAAGUUCCGGCUGAAUAGACGAGAACUGAUUGCCUUUGAAUUCCCAGUGUUAGUGGCCUUGGAGUUUGCUCUCCACCUGCCGGAGCACGAAGUCAUGCCCCAUUACAGACGCCUGAUCCAGAGCUCCUAGCACAGGCCCCAAGGAGGGGUAGAGACCACUUCCUCUGAGCCCAUGGAACAGCACUUGCUACUGGAAAUGCAAAAACAGAACUUGACAUACCAACCUUUUUUCUUCUCAACAUGUUUUUGGGUAGAAGCAGUACUGGAAACUUUUCAGGGAGUCCUGGUCUGGCUAGCCAGGAUGAGCCGGGAGUGGUUUAUUACACAGCAGGGGAAGGGAGACCUGUGCAGAAGGUGGCAGGCAGCCUUUUGGCUUUCCCCUGGUAAGAGUUCCCCGCUGUCCCCACCCUGGGGUUCUUCCCUGGGCCCAUCCAAACCUCGAAAGCAUGGUUCAGGGCCUCCCCUGCAGACCUGAUCCAAAGUUCUAGAACAGAGUGGGGAAGAGAAUUUGUAGCAGCUGGGGGAGAGCUUUUAAAAGAUAUCCUCACUCUAUCAAAAGAGUGUGCCAAUCUGUUUUUGUGUCAGCUCUUGGAAGUGCACUCCCGUCCCGUCCUGUGCUCCCCCUCACCCCCGGGGUGAGAACGUGAGUGUCUGAGAGAUUCUCCAACAGCCCGCCUCCUCGGCCCCGCAAAGCCAGUCCUGCCCGCCAGAGAGCAGCCUGACCUUCGGUCAUUAGUUCUAAAUAAUCUCUGGGUCAUGACAUCCUCUACUCUUAGAAAAUGCCAUAGUUUCUGUUACCGCUCCUACCACCAACGGGACAAAGGACAAGUUCUCAGUGCCGGUCACGGGGAAUGGCAUGGCGGGCGGCGCCCUGUGCCUUCCCGUCCCCGCGCGCGCUGAAGUUGGCCCUUGGCACCUCCCGGCUGUGGAUCGUCCGGGGCUGCGCUCCGUGGUGUGUAUUCCUGUACUCUACGUUAGAGUGCGUCAUAGGCACAUUGACUGUGCUCGCUCCGUAUCACAGGUUUUCUCAAACUCCACAGUAGGCGUCAGCCACCCGCUGGGUGUUCGGAGGCGCCUGAUAGCCGGGACAUGCGGCAUCUGGAGCCGCAGCUCUGUCACCCGAGGAGGCAGGGACUGCUCGAUGCCUGGACAGCUGUCUGCAGAGCUGCGGCUGGAACUCACCCCCGCCGGCCUCCACAACCUGUCCCGAGGCACGUGGCCGCAAGACAUCUCCCUGCUGGAGCUCACCUGACAGGAGGCGGCCUGGGGCCCUGUGAAAAGAGAAUUAAAAUAUUUUGUUUCUAUAUA